AUGGCGUCGGAAGAUGCGCGAUACCGCGAGACAUCGCAGUUCGAAGCAUGGUCCUUCUCGCCCGCUCAGCUCGCUGCCAUGCGCGAGAAGACCAACGCCCUCGCCCGCCGAAGAAUCGCCGAGCGCAUGCUGGCAUCAGCUUUGAAUCCACCAACAUCGAACAAUACAUCGCAUGCGAACACGCCAGACCCGUCUGGAAAUGGGACGCCCAACCCUAACGAGAACGGCGCACCGACCUUACCCGACUUCCUCAAGCCUGAAGAAGAGGCCUUGCUCGUGUCCUUUUACGUAUCCGAACUAUUGCGCGCGGCGGACCAUCUUGGAGUGCCAGACGAAGUCAGGGCGACAGCUACGGUCUUUUUCAGGAGGUUCUUCCUGACGAAUAGCAUCAUGACGUACCCACCACAGGAGAUGAUCCUUGUGGCGCUGUUUGUCGGAAGCAAGGCGGAGGGAAGGUUUCCUCGGAUUAUUGAGUUUCAACAAAAGUUCAACACGAAGCAGGAUAUCCUCGCUGGCGAAUUCCUGCUUUGUCAGGGAAACAGGUUCAACUUUGAGGUCAGACACCCGUUUAGGGCGCUGAUGGGGGCGAUGAUGGAGUUGAGGAGCUACGGGGACAUCGACGAACAACGCAUAAUAGCAGCCGAAAAGCGCGCCCACGGGAUUCUACUCUUCAGCCCUCUCAUGACCGACGCCUACUUCCACUACACACCGUCGCAGAUAAUGUUUGCAGCAUUAUCCCUUGCAGAUCGUGGACUGGCUGAGCGCCUGAUCCAGGAGACUUUCCACUUUGUCCCACCGACUACCAACAACGAUAGCACUCCUGCCCAGACACCACUACCUGGUUCCGAAAACUUGGGGACAGCCCGAAAGGAUGGUGGUGGCAAGGGGCAAAUGACUAACGAUGAGCGUGCAGCCAUUAUCGGCACGGGAAUCCGAGAUAAGGUUAUGGGCACUAUCGAGGCAUGCAGGAACAUGCUGUCUAACGAACUGCCGGAAAGGAAGUCGCAUUGGACUAGUGAAUCAAUCUUCAAAUCCCAAAUUCGGCCCGUCCGUAAGAAGCUGACGAAGUGCCGCGACCCCGACCGCUGGAACCUGUCUGAGCUCCAGCGCCAACGCCGCGAGCAAGGACUCAAACGAGAGGAUUCAGAGGAACGCGCUGCUACCAGCAAGGGGAGCAAAGAUCCUGCUCUCUUUGGCGGCGACCUGGUAGCUGGCGCACCAGAGAAGAAGAGGAGGAAGGUCGAUGGGAAUGGGUUGGAAGACCCCUUUGGAGGCCCACUUUGA